ACAGAGUGUAAGCCAAAAUGGAAGACAGUCCUGUUUCCUAUGGCUUUAAAAACAUUUUUAUUACAAUGUUUGCUACUUUUUUUUUCUUCAAACUUUUAAUUAAAGUUUGUUUGGCUCUCCUAACUCACUUCUAUAUCGUCAAAGGAAAUAGAAAAGAAGCGGCUAGGAUAGCAGAAGAGAUCUAUGGUGGAAUUCCAGAUUGCUGGGCUGACCGAUCCCCACUUCAUGAAGCUGCAGCCCAGGGGCGCUUACUGGCCCUGAAAACUUUAAUUGCACAGGUCAACGGAGUGACGGUUCAUGGGGCCACGCCCCUGUUCAAUGCGUGCCGGAGCGGCAGUGCAGCGUGUGUCGACGUGCUGCUGGAGUUUGGAGCCAAGGCCCAGCCGGAGGCGCACUUGGCUUCACCCAUCCACGAGGCAGUCAAGAGAGGUCAUAGAGAGUGCAUGGAGAUCCUGCUGGCAAAUAACGUUAACAUUGACCAAGAACUGCCUCAGCUUGGAACUCCCCUGUAUGUGGCCUGCACCUACCAGAGGGUAGACUGUGUGAAGAAACUUCUAGAAUUAGGAGCCAGUGUGGACCGCGGCCAACGUCUGGACACUCCCCUGCAUGCGGCGGCGAGGCAGUCCAGCGUGGAAGUCAUCCACCUGCUAGCUGACUACGGGGCUCCCCUAAAGCGCAGGAACGCCGGGGGCAAAAGCGCGCUGGAUCUGGCCGCUCCCAACAGCAGCGUGGAGCAGGCACUCCUGCUCCGGGAAGGCCCACCCGCUCUUUCCCAGCUCUGCCGCCUGUGUGUUCGGAAGUGCUUGGGUCGAGCAUGCCAUCAAACCAUCCAUGAACUCCAUCUGCCAGAGCUGCUGGAAAGAUUCCUGCUAUACCGGUAGCCCCAGCUGGCCGAGGGAAGAUACUUGGAAAUAAGCAGGUUGUUGCCUGCUGUAUCCAGGGUACCUAGUGUAGAUGCCCAACCACUAGACUCUAACUAUCUUCGAAUGAGCUAAGGCAGUUAGUGUAGGUCCCCGAUGAACCGGAACACUCGAGGAGUGGAAACUCCUGGUUAAUGCUCUCAUUAACCAAGGGGCAACCAGGAGCCUUUUUGUCUUUAGCUUUUGUUGUUAAGAAACUUUAAAAGUCUGUGAAGGGGAGUGAAAAUAAUCUAUGUUUGAAGAUUCACGCUCUUUAAUUAUCUAAGGGUCAAUAUUCUGAAUAUCAUGCAGACACAUGUAAAUCUGGGCGAAUAAGAUUAUGAUGAGUGUACAUAAUUCAAGAUGUGUUCCUGAUUUAGUUCCUCCCUCCUUACCCCUUUCUUUCUUUGCUUCUGUGAAUAAACCUCUGCUAUAAUUUUGA